GGUCGCCGGAUACGCCCAUCAACUGGCCAGGGCUAUCACACAGGGUGAUAGGGCAGUUCAGACACGCAUCGUCAGUGCACUGCACGUGCCAACCUUGAGAGCAGAGGCCAGCUGGACACGAAGAAACGUUGCAGCCAAAGAGAGCACCACAGCACUCAACGGGGACAGCCAGGCAAUCGAGAAGCUGCACGAAGAAAAAUAUUCGGAGAGGACCGGAUCCACCGUUCCCUGAUAUCACGCUGAUGUACAAGAACCGUAAAGAGUUAAUGACCUACGCAACUACCUCUACCAAUAGGCAUGCGGGAAUUGAUCGUUCGCUAGAGGAAAGGUGUUUUCCUGAUGUGGGGAUUGAGGCCACAGAUGAUGGUUGUCAGUUUUGGAGAGGAAAUUAUAGGAUGAAUUGCACUGCAAAGUUUACAAAAGAUGGAGAAAGCGGAAGAUACGACGCAAUGAAUGCCUCCUGCCAAUACCGUAUUCUUGGCCCUGAGGAUCCUAUGAGAACACACGAGCAAAUUCUUGUUCAAGCGGUGUUAGGAUAUACUGGGAAUUACGGAUGGCAUGAUUUUGGAUACUGCGCUGUAUUCAAAGUUACCUACUUAGGAGGUUUCAUCUGGUGGGCGGGUGACUCCAAGCUCCCCGAAAACGGUAUUCGCCACUGAUCACGCAGAGGACCAGUGCCAGCGGAAGAAGCACGUCAUUGUGGAGGCCACCAUGAAGUGAGAAGAACUCGGUCCACUGGUUCUCAUCGACGGGAAGUUCACGGUGUCGGGAUAGUGUUGCAUUAUAGAGCAGGAAUUGCUUCCAUAUCUUCCUUAUGGAGCAUUCAACGAUGGCUGUUGCCCGUUUCAGCAUAAGAGCAGCCCUAUUCAUCCUGAUCGCAGUUUAAAUUCCCAGCUUGACGACCAGGCUGUUCGCACGCCGGAGCGGCCACCUCUCGGAGCGGACCUUACUUUUUUUUCCAUGGAAAAUGUCUGAGAUUUCGCCAAACGCCGACAUGCGUCUCGGAACCGAAGAAGUUUGAAAAAAGACACCCUGUGAUCAGCCGUGUGUGAGGAGUGGGAAGCGCUUUCUUCACGACCAGAGAUCAUAAACGCAAUGUAAGAACCGAUGCCCCCAGGUAUGGUGGAAGUAAUUGCAACAGAUGGGUAUCCAACGAAGUACUGAAACCACUGAGUCAGCUUACAUCUUUGUCAAGUAUUCUUUUCUGUUU